GAGUUCGUCGAGGUCGGCUCCGCCCGCUUCCGGAGCUCAGGGAAGGAAGCAGAGGCGGAUAUCAGGUGCUGGUGCCGCUUGAUUGCCCAUUCGCUGAACUACCUUGGGGCCGGGUUCGGAGCCUCUGGCCGGGGGGGGCCGCCUCCCCGGCGCUCGAAUCCAGCGCAACGUCGGGCCAUGGCUCGGUUAGCGGAGGUCCUGCAGUGGUUCUUGGCGGAGGACGACGCGGACCCGCCCGCGCUCUCCGACGUCUUCCGCGAGGCCCGCCAGAAGAAAUUCAAUUAUGGGGGUGAGGCCGUGACCCACCGCAGGGAGCUGUAUGCCGAUCUUGUUUUCCCGACGUGGCCGGCUAGCCACGAGGUGGGCGUGCUCGAUCUCACGGAUCUCUUGGUCGGCGACCUCAAAGCGACAGUGCAAGACCCAUCGAAGUGCUUACGGCCGCGGGGCGAAUGGCCCGACAAGCCCCACGUCUCCAGGGUGCACGCUUCCCAACACGAAUGGGACAAGCUGGCCGGCGAGGGGCUUCGACGGGGCAUUUUUCAGGAGAUCGAGGGCAACAGGGUGUUCAAGGCGAAGGAUGGGUCGCGCCUGCUCAACGGGGCCAUGGGGGUCAACAAGUUCAAGGAGGUCCAGGGCAAGGCGAUGCACCACCUCCGGGCCAUCACGAUUAUGACCCCCCUGAACCAGCAUUUGCGCGAGAUCACUGGCGAGGUCGAUUACCUCCCGUGCAUUGCCCACGCAAUUCUCAUCAUCCUGGGCGCCGACGAGGAGGCAGUGGUCGACAGCGAGGACUUCGUGAGCUGCUUCAACCUGGUGCGCAUGCCUCGCUCGUGGACCGGGUUCCUGGCUUACGAGAAGCCCGUGUCAGGGUCGGUGUUGGGCCGGCCUGAUGGAUGUGACUUCUUGAUCGGCAUCACCACCGUCCCGAUGGGGUGGUCUGGAGCGGUCGCGGUCAUCCAGGCGGCGGUGCGCAGGCUGGUGUUCGGGGACGCGGAGGUGGACGUCCAGACCCGGAUCGCCAGGUGCAAGCCCUUCCCAAGAGGCCCGGAUUAUUCGUUGGUCUACUUGGACCCCUUCGACUUCAUCCGAAAGCGGUGCCGACAGGCCCUGGGGGAGCUAGGCGGCUCGGAGUCCAAAGAACACGCCCGCUUUCUAGACGCAUGCCGCCUGAUGGGUCUUCCUUUGUUGAAUGCUGGAAAGACAUUGGUAGGAUCCUACCGCGCCGCGCUUCAGGGCGGCGAGUUCGAUGGCAGGCCGGGCAGUUUGGCUCGCAGCCAGAAGCGGGGCAGGCAUUUAAUCCGACUUACUUCGGGCAUGGCGGCCCAGGGUUUUUGGCCUGAAGUUGUUCUUCGCCAUUGGGCUGAGCUUGCCUGCUACGCUCGUUCGUACCGGAGGCCCCUCUUCUCCCUCAUGGCGGAGGUUUUCACGACCAUGGACAACUGCCAUGGGGGCGACGUCUUCCACGAGGCAGCCUUGGACGAGAUCAUACUCUUCGCUGCCCUGGCCCCGCUUGCGGCCACGAACCUGCGGGCGCCGCUGGCGCCGCGGAUCAGUUGCACUGACGCUUCCCCAGAUGGCGGAGGCGCUGGCCUCGCAGCGUCUUUCUCGAAGGUGUUGGGGGCCAGCUGCGCCGCCCAGGGCCCGCGCAGGAGUUGCCAAGGAGUGCCCUUCGGCAGCGCGCCGCGUUGCUUGCACGUCGGCCUCGAGGGGCUCUACGAGCAGAUGGGAGCCCCCAUCGCGGAGAAGGGGAUCGAGGUAAAAAUGGAGGUCAUCAUCCAAAACGGCGUCGUGAAGAACGACGUUGAGGCCCCUGAGGCCUGGGCCCAUUUUCAGCCCGAGGGGCGAACAGUGGCCCGGAGCGGGGACGGCAUCGCCUUGCGCAGUUGGAGGGCGCGGAAGGGGCUUCCGCGCUUGCCGGCCGCUCUGAGCAGGGAGGUUCGCAAGGAGAAUCUGCAGCACGCCUUGUGCGCCCGAGCGUUGCAGGCCGAGGGCAAACGCGAGGGCGCGACCGUUGCGCAGGUGGACUCUGGCAGCUGGUGGCUGGAAUGGCCGCGGCUGAAGCAUCUCAGGCACAUGGGGGAGGUAUUCUACACGUCUGUGGGGCCUCACGUGCUGGCGCAUACUUCGCCAGAGCUGCACCAGAAGUUUCUCGGGCGCUGGAGCGCAAAUGAACGCGCUGAGACCGCUCUCGACUGGGUCAGCGAGUACGCCGAGGAGGUGCAUAAUUACAUCGCGCGCGCUCGAACGGCGCUGCUCCCUAGCGAUCCUGGCGAGCGACAGCCGUGGUUGAGGCGGCAGCUGGCUGGCGCUACUAACCGCCUGGCCGACGGGGCCGUCAACGAGGUGGUCGCCCAGGAGCUCAUGCGCUGGAUCAGCGGCAUGCUUCCCGGCCUCGAGGCGGAGCACGUGUGCCAUCUCAUCCGGUACGUGGAUCACCGGGGCUCCGACGUGCAGCUGUGGGCCGGCGAGCUUCUACGGCAGUCGCGGCAAGCAGCCCCGUGCCCUGCCUUCCGGUGGGCAUGGAAGGCGGUGGCGUCGUACCCGUGGUCGGAGACAGGCCACAUCAACGUCUUGGAGGUCUUGGCCUUCCUCUAUUUUGUCCGGCAGUCGACGGGGAGCGGAGUGCUUCAGUCGACCCAGUUUGUGCAUGUUGUGGAUGGCAUGGUAGCGUCGGCAGUCAUCGCCACAGGGCGGUCCUCUUCUAAGCUUCUCAACUUUCGGUUGCGUCAACUGGCAGGACUCCUGCUUGCCGCGGAUGCCUACCCCUACGUCGUGUGGGCGAUCUCUUCUUGGAAUUUCGCCGACCGCGCGAGCCGGUGGUGGCCGGCUCUGCCGCACAGCCUCGAGGAGCUGGACGCGAGGGCCAGCGAGUUCGUCGACCACCUGUGGGGCGAGGGAGAGCCAGAAAGCUGGGCCACUGAUAUCGCCUCUGGCUUGAAGCGCCUGGUCCCCAGAGCUCGGAAGGCGCUCACCGUAACGGGCUUCUUCCUCAACAAUUGGCGCCGGACAGUUAGCCGAUGCAGGGCUUUACCGUUCACGCCACUCAUCGUCAAGGGCCUGGCGGGGAUGGCGUUCGCGGAGGAUUUGUGGAACUUCGGCACCGCUCUCUUAGUUGGCUUUGUGGGGUUGCUUCGUACAGACGAAAUUUUGGGGCUCCGCUCACGCCGCGUCAUGUUCUAUGAGAGCCACCAAAAAGCCAUCAUCAUCUUACCCGAAACGAAAACGGGCUCCCGAGAGGCUAGAGUGGAAAAAGCAAUGGUGAACGACACCGUUGUCGUCCGCGCCUUGGCCAAAGUCUGCCAACAGCUGAACGGCGACGAACUGCUGCUGCCAAUGCGCCCUCACGUUUUCAAUGAAGAGCUCAGGAGGUUGGCAGAGCCGCCGGCAUCCAGUCACGGGGCGUGUCUGGAUGUAGCUUGCGCCGGGGCGGCGCCACGUGGCAUUUCCUCUCUGGUGGCAGCUUGGGGCGCGCGAUGGUGCACGGCCGGUGGGCCCAUGAGAAAACAGCGCGGAUCUAUAUCGACGGGGCUCUGGCCCAGCAAGCCGAUUGGGCACUCAGCGAGUCGGCUCGCGCGCUCUUAA